GGAAGCGGAGUAGGAAGCGGCCGCGAUGUCCUUUUGUGUCCUACAAGCCGCCGGCGGCGCCGCCGAGUGAGGGGACGCGGCGCGGCGGAGCGGCGCGGCCCGAAGAGGCGGCGGAGGACGGGCCGCCCGCGGACUCCGGCUUACCCCGGCGCUCUGGGCCGCUUGGCCCCCAUGACUGCCCGCCCGCCCAGCCGGAGCCCCAGGUGACCAGCGCCAUGUCCAGCCAGGUGGUGGGCAUUGAGCCUCUCUACAUCAAGGCGGAGCCAGCCAGCCCGGACAGCCCCAAGGGCUCCUCGGAGACCGAGCCUGAGCCCCCAGUGGCCCUGGCCCCUGGUCCAGCUCCCAGCCGAUGCCUCCCAGGCCAUAAAGAGGAGGAGGAUGGGGAGGGGGCCGGGCCUGGGGAGCAGGGUGGUGGGAAGCUGGUGCUCAGCUCCCUGCCUAAGCGCCUCUGCCUGGUCUGUGGGGAUGUGGCAUCCGGUUACCACUAUGGUGUGGCAUCCUGUGAGGCGUGCAAAGCCUUCUUCAAGAGGACCAUCCAGGGGAGCAUCGAGUACAGCUGUCCGGCCUCCAACGAAUGUGAGAUCACCAAGCGGAGACGCAAGGCCUGCCAGGCCUGCCGCUUCACCAAGUGCCUGCGGGUGGGCAUGCUCAAAGAGGGGGUACGUCUGGACCGCGUCCGAGGUGGAAGACAGAAGUACAAGCGCCGGCCAGAGGUGGACCCGCUGCCCUUCCCAGGACCCUUCCCUGCUGGCCCCCUGGCAGUAGCUGGAGGUCCCCGGAAGACAGCCCCAGUGAAUGCCCUGGUGUCUCACUUACUGGUGGUUGAGCCAGAGAAGCUAUAUGCCAUGCCUGACCCAGCGGGCCCUGAUGGACAUCUCCCGGCAGUGGCCACUCUCUGUGACCUUUUUGACCGAGAGAUCGUGGUCACCAUCAGCUGGGCCAAGAGCAUCCCAGGCUUCUCGUCGCUGUCGCUGUCUGACCAGAUGUCUGUGCUGCAGAGUGUGUGGAUGGAGGUGUUGGUGCUGGGUGUAGCCCAGCGCUCCCUGCCACUGCAAGACGAGCUGGCCUUCGCUGAGGACCUGGUACUGGAUGAAGAAGGGGCGCGGGCUGCUGGCCUGGGGGAGCUGGGGGCCGCCCUGUUGCAGCUGGUGCGCAGACUACAAGCCCUGCGGCUUGAGCGUGAAGAGUACGUUCUGCUGAAGGCCCUGGCCCUUGCCAACUCAGACUCUGUGCACAUCGAGGAUGCCGAGGCUGUGGAGCAGCUGCGAGAAGCCCUGCAUGAAGCCCUGUUGGAGUAUGAAGCUGGCCGGGCAGGCCCUGGAGGGGGUGCCGAGCGGCGGCGGGCGGGCAGGCUGCUGCUCACACUACCACUCCUCCGUCAGACAGCGGGCAAAGUGCUGGCCCACUUCUAUGGAGUCAAGCUGGAGGGCAAGGUGCCCAUGCACAAGCUAUUCUUGGAAAUGCUCGAGGCCAUGAUGGACUGAGGCAGGGGGUGGGCACAGGUGGGGGUGCUGGCAGGACCCGCCAGCAAUGGGGUCAGCCCCAAGGGGGCAGAGCUGGGGUCUGGGCAGUGCCACAGCCUGCUGGCAGGGCCAGGGCAAUGCCAUCAGCCCCGGGAGCAGGCCCCAGGCCCUCUCCUCCCCAGGGGGUGUCGGAAGCUGGGAAUGUGUUUGCCGGCACUCUGGAUUCAGUUCUGCCCCUUGCAAGCCAUAAUGUGCCCCCAGCGUGGAGGGAGGGGGCCUUACGGAAGCCAUAGGGGGCUGCAGGGUGUGUGUGUAGGGGGGGCAGAAGCCUGAGCUCAGGGAGGGAAGGGGGUGGAGGCUCAAGUCUCCCAGUGGGUGACGCUUUUGCUGCUGCUUAAUCUGACCCCCUCCAGCAGAGGGGAACUUGGAAAGCAAAGGCCCCUACCCCCUUCGCUCCUCUCAUCAUUUGCAUUGGGCAUUAUUGCCCCCCCCCCCUUAAAGCAAUAACUCCAAGCAGGCUCCAGCCCCUGGACCCCCUGGGGUGGCCAGGGCCCCCCACUACUCCCACCAACCUCCUGGGGGGAGGGGAGGGCACUGCCUCUAUGCCCAGCAGAGCAAUAACACUAUAUUUAUUUUUGGGUUUGGCCAGGGAGGCGUAGGGCCAUGGGGCAAGCCAGGGCCCAGAGCCUUUGGCUGUACAGAGACUCUAUUUUAAUGUAUAUUUGCUGCAAAGAAAACCGCUUUUGGUUUUAAACCUUUAAUGAGAAAAAUAUAUAUAUACUGUCGAGCUCAA